AUGGCACAAAGUAAGCUUAACGAUAUGGCGGGCAAAUUCGCCAAGGGUGGACCUCCUGGCCUGAACGCUGGAAUAAAAGUGGUCGCCGUUUUAGGUGCGGCAGCUUAUGGCAUCUCACAAUCCUUGUUUACCGUUGAAGGUGGUCAUCGUGCCAUCAUGUUUAACAGAAUAGGAGGUAUACAGCAACACGUUAUGAGUGAAGGUAUGCACUUCCGUGUUCCUUGGUUCCAGUACCCCAUCAUUUACGACAUCAGGUCCCGACCUCGCAAAAUUUCAUCACCCACCGGGUCCAAGGAUUUGCAAAUGGUUAAUAUUUCCUUGAGAGUACUCUCCCGUCCCGAUGCGAGUUCACUCCCUACCAUGUACAGACAGCUCGGUACUGAUUAUGAUGAAAAAGUGUUGCCCUCAAUUUGCAAUGAAGUAUUGAAGUCUGUGGUUGCAAAGUUCAAUGCAUCACAGCUGAUUACACAGCGUCAACAGGUCUCACUUUUAAUCAGAAGAGAGCUGGUGGAACGUGCUGCUGAUUUCAAUAUUAUUUUGGAUGAUGUGUCUUUAACUGAAUUGAGCUUUGGUAAAGAAUACACAGCUGCAGUAGAAGCCAAGCAGGUUGCCCAGCAGGAGGCUCAGCGUGCUGCUUUCGUUGUGGAAAGAGCUAAGCAGGAGCGUCAACAAAAGAUUGUACAGGCUGAGGGUGAAGCUGAAGCAGCUGAAAUGUUGGGAAAAGCUAUGGGAAUGAACCCUGGUUAUCUGAAAUUGAGAAAGAUCCGUGCUGCUCAAAGCAUUUCUAGAAUGAUUGCUCAGUCUCAAAACCGUGUAUUCCUUCCUGGCAAUAGCUUGAUGAUCAACCUCCAGGAUCCCACCUUUGACGACCUGUCCGAGAAGCUGACCAAGAAGAAGUAA